GGCUGUGGGACGAAGUUAGCUGCUUGGCUAAUGUAAACAUCCACCCUCAGCAGACUGGAGUUGAAGCGACGACAACGUUACUCGAUAGCUUGUUGACUCUGCGAAUGAGAGUUCUUCCCAACUUUGGUGAGAGAUGUCGAGCCAGAGGCGUGGUAUCCAUUUGGACCAAUCCGAGUUGCUUUGUAAGAAAGGAUGUGGUUUUUAUGGCAACACAGGUUGGCUGGGCCUGUGCUCAAAAUGCUGGCGAGAGGAAAAUCAGCGAGAGAAACAAAAGCAGAUUCAAGAAGACUGGGCACUUGCUGAGAGCUGUUCACAGAGGUUCUACAUUUUCCCCUCCCAGGCUGCAGAAAGAGGAAGAGGAAGCGUACGCCAGCAGAAAUCAGAAGGCCCAAUCACAGCCUUCCAUUACACCUUUCAACAAGUUUGAGGAAAGGAAAACAAAGGAAAAGUCCAGCAAAGUCAACACGGUCACGAAGUUUUUCACUCCUUCCUCAAAAACACAGCCAAAAAAAGAUGCUUCUCCUUUUGAUGCUCAGGCCAGCCCAAGCCCCAGCUCUUCAGCAAGCAGGCAUUCCUCUUUAGACACUGACCACGCAACGCGGGAGUUCAUUGAUUUUCUCAAGCCUCUGAAGUCUGGCAGGGAGAUCUUCAAACAGUGUCGGGCCUUCACUGAGAGCAUGGCCUAUAAGCGGGACAUGGGUGCCGACGAGUUGUCAGAGUGUGUACAGGACUUUUACCAGAACCUCUCAGACCGCCUCCAGACUCAAUUUAAAGGAUCAUCAGAGCAUGUAGAGAGUGUUAUGGAUGAAGUAGAAAAGUACAUGAUGACCCGUCUCUACAAGGAAGUCUUCUGUCCUGAGACCACAGAUGACGAGAACAAAGAUCUGGCUAUUCAGAAGAGAAUCAGAGCUUUGCACUGGGUCACCAUUGAGAUGCUGUGUGUUCCUGUAGAUGAGGAGAUCCCUGAAGUGUCUGACAGUGUGGUUAAAGCCAUCACAGAUGUGAUCGAAAUGGAUUCCAAGCGUGUGCCCAAAGACAAGCUGGGAUGCAUCACUCGUUGCAGCAAGCACAUCUUCAACGCCAUCAAAAUUAGCAAGAAGGAGGCAGCGUCUGCAGAUGAUUUCCUCCCCACACUCAUCUACAUUGUGCUGAAGGCAAACCCUCCACGACUUCAGUCCAACAUCCAGUACAUAACCCGCUUCUCCAACCCCAGCAGACUCAUGACUGGAGAGGACGGUUACUACUUCACUAACCUGUGCUGUGCUGUGGCCUUUAUUGAGAAGCUGGACGGCCAGUCCCUGAAUCUGAGCUCUGAGGAGUUUGAGCUCUACAUGUCAGGCCAGGCAUCCCCCUACUGGCCUCAGGCUGCUGGAGCUUCCUCUUGCUCGCCAGGCAGUGCAGCUCUUAGUCAGGUCCACAAACGUCUGGACCUGCUAACAGGGCUCGGGGAAAGGCAGGAGCGUGUCAUGGAGAAGGCUCGCCAGCUGGAGAACGACCUCAUCGACUGGACGGAUGAAGUGGAGCAGAAGGUGCAGAGCGUUCUGCAGACUUUACCUCCAGAGACACAAAAUCCUACCACAACCACAGCAACUGCGACAUCCGCAGCUUCAUCAGCAAUUGACUCUGAUAAUGUUGAGAAUGAGCUCCUGCCCCCACCACUGCAACCACAAGUGUUUGCUGGCUGAUGUGAGGAUAAAUUAAAAAAAAAAAAAAAAUCCCUCUAAAUGCUUUACUCCAACCUCCCCCCUUUUCCGGCUGUUAAACUUUGCUGUCCGUAUGCACAUACAGCCAUCGCUAUUCCAUCCAUUGUCCAGGUCCAGGCUGUAGACAGUGGCAGAAAACUAAAAGCCCUGAAACCACACUGAACAGUAAUUGAACAGAGGAAUUAAAGCAAUAAUUUGGAAUUUGGGGAAAUACACUUACUCACUUUUUUGCCAAGAGUUAGCUGAGAAGAUCAAUAGCUCAUCAAAUAACAAAUUAUAUCUUUUUCUUGUUUGCACAAAAAUACAAGUUAAAAACGGCAAGUUGCAGUUUUUAUGGGGUCACUUCCCCGGCUACAUCUUGAGUAUCCACUGACUGCCUUGUAACCUCAUGAUGAUGAGAAGUCUCCAUGAAGUUACUGUGCAUGAAAUGUAAGACCACAACAUGUCUUUUUUUUUUUUACACUUGGGUUUUUAUAUGGAUUAGUGACCUUUAGAGGUGCUGGUAGGCAGAUUUUGUUACCUUUGAAAAGCUGUAUAAAGAAUGAAGAGACCUGAGUUGUUUUGAUCUUCUCAUCCAAGUCUAAGUAAAAAACUGAUUAAGCAUCAAACUAUUCCUUUAACAUCAGACUAUAUGUGACAAAAAGUCCCAGAGUUAGUGCUGCAAGGGAAAGAACACUCCAAACAUUUUGUCCUUGGUUGCAGAGAGACAGAUCUGGUGCAUUUUGCUGCUAUUUGAGUUUCAGUGCAGUUUUAGGAUACGUCCUUAAUCCAGCCAUGUCCUCCAGAACUCUCUGGAAGCUCCAGAAGCGUUCCCAGACUAUUUGGGAAAUCCAAUCCCCUCCCAACAUUUUCUGACUGUUGCUCCCUCCAAUGGGAUAUGCAGGGAAACCUAUCACAGAGGUGUCCAGGAGACAUCCUGAUAAGAUGCCCAGACCACCUCACCUGGCUCCUUUUAAUACAAAGGAGCAGUGGUUCCAGUCCAAGCUCUUCCCGAACAACUCUGUUGGUCACCUACAACGGUAUCUUCAGUACCUCAGUACUUAAUCAUCCUAGGUGUUGUUUGUGCAAACGGGAUAAAUGAUUGGAUGUGAUUUUUUUUUUAAACCAUCAUUCACAACUUUUCAGACAAACAUGUUUGUCUGUAUGUUGUGAUGUCUCCAGUUGUGUGGGUAGUGUGUGUAUUUGAAUGUGUGUGACUAAUUGGUCAUGUUGACAUGCAGAACUUUACAGCCCAAGUAACAUCUGAAAACACAGCAGUUACUUUCGGAACGAUGUGGUUUUGGCAAGGGAAGUGGAGAAAUCUGAAUGAUCCGCAACUUAACUUCCUCCCACUUAAAUAACUUUCCAGUUCAUGCUCGUGAUUUGUGUUAUAUUUAUUGCGUAUUCCCCUGCCCUGUCGAGAAGUGUGUUUGUGUGUGUGCUGCAUGGACCGUGAAUGUUGAUAAGGCAUAAGUCCUCCGUUGUGUGUGAGUAUUGUAGUCUUGUCUCAUGUCAGACCUCGCAUUCCAGUCAUAAGCUGGAUGUACAGAAGUGAUUUUAUUUUUCUAUAGAGUGGCAGGUAUCAAUUCUUCUGGAUGCAAUCAGAGACAUUAAUCCUGUAAUAUUUACAGUAGUACUCUUGUCAUAGAACAUUGCUCGAAGAUGUGUUACAUUUAUUGUAACGAUUGAAUAAGAAGUGAUUAAAGCUUUCAUCUACUCAUUUAUCCUCUCAAGAGGGGCUCAUAAUAAGCAUGCCCCAUUAAAAAAAAAAAAUCUGUUUUUUAGGUGAAUGAAUUUUUUGUCGCUGUAAGUUUGGUAGGAAAGAAGACAAAGAUGAUUCUGUUUCCCUGUAAAGCUUUACUGGUGCAGAAGAAUCAACAUAAGCAGUUUAACUUAUUUUGAAGCACUUUUGUUUGGAUUUUAGAAAUCUUAAUUCUGAUUUAAUGAAGGAAGUAAUUGCUGUACUUGAGAUGAAAGGAUACUUGGUUAAAAAAACAGUGGACUGUUACCACACAGAUGUAUUUCAGCUGUGUCUUUGUAUUCAGCCGUCAAAUGUUUGGGACAGUUGUGUGAAUGAAAAGAGGUGUAAGGCACAUUUAUUCCCCUUUGCCUCAUGAGCUAAUAUUCCCUUAUGUUGCUAGAUUUUACUCUUUUUUUUCAUAUUUGCAACAAGUAUAGUCGAUGUGUGUUUUGCUGUACAAGUUUAAUUUGAGAAAAGGCUUUUAAUGCAAACUUAAUAGCUUGAAUAACUUCAUAUUGCACUGUAUGCAGAAGCCAUUAAUCAGGUAUUUUAAAAAGUUUCAAACAUCAUCUUUGUAACCUUAUAGGUUUGUUAUUGUAUCACAUGGGAGAAAGUAACUCAAUGCUGCCUUUUUAUUUAAAUGUAACUUAUUGGGGCAGUAUUGGUAUAUUUGCAUCUAUGGGUGUGUGAUGGUGAUUAAUAAAAAUCAAAAAUGCACGUGCACUCGUGUGCAGUUCCUCUUCAUCGUGUAGUUUCACGCGACUGCACCAGUAGUCAUGAUUGUGCAAAUUGGGAUUAAAUAAAAGUUGACUGAGAAUUUAACUAUUUCUGCAGUUCUGUGUCAUGUUGGAGAAAUAAGCAGGAUGUUAAUAAGUAUUCUGAAAAACAAAAAGUUAAAGUGAUGGUGUUUCUGAAACAAUGGGCUCCUGCAGGCCAACAGUAUGUCAUAUUAUCAAGAGUCCCCUUCAGACAUGUUGUUAGAUAUAUAAAAUAUACUCUGCUUAAAAUAACAAUGUGUCUAAUGUGUUUUUUCCUUUAAAAAAAAGUACAUUUACC